CUAACCUCAAACGCAUCAUCGUUCAGCACCCCCACCACUGCCUCCUCGAUAGCUCAGCGCGGCGGACGCGGCCAUCUUGCUACGCAACCGCCACUGCCAUUAUUGGAAAAGGACCUGAGCCUCUCUGAGAGUGAAGAUGAACAGAAGACCUGUGAACCAGUUACUGAAAAAAAGUCCAUCGAUGUUAUCACAAGGAUCAAUGGCCCUCUCCCCAUUACCAGAGAAUCCAAUAGUGUCUCCAAUGCUCGGCCCAAUGUCACCGCCCCCAGUGCCGGUCGCCGCCCCCGCCAGCUCCAGUGAGGAUGAGGGUGAAGACGAUUCCGCCUCCGACACCGAAUCAGACUCUGAUUCGAGUUCGGCCGCCCCUGUCGCCCCGCCCACUGACCAUGCCCCGUCCCCUGCUGCUGCCCCGCCUCCGGCGGCAGCUCCACCAUCAGCUCACCCCGCCCCCGCCCCCGAGGCGCUGGAACCGCCCCGCAACGGAUGGAGUCUCAAGAACUUUUUGCCGUCCACGUCGCCGCACCCCGACAAGAAGGGAUCGCCGGACGACGGCCGAUCGAAGACCAACAAGUCGGAUGACUCCUCGGACAACGACGGUUCGGAGGUGGUGUGUCUCGGAUCGGGCACUGCCAAGAAGCAGGUGACGGCCACUAUAUCGGUGUCAGACUCGGACGGCGACAAAGUUGCUGCAGCGCCGCCGGCCGGCGACAAAGUGGGACCCACCCCAAAGUCGCAGCCGGUGACAAAGCGGCGUCGCAGCAAACGACGUCACUGGCAGCCCGCCAGCACGGCUUCGGGACAUGUGAGCACCGAUAGUGAUGACGACCGUAGUACAGAACGAGCGCCGGUUCGGAGGCCACCUAUCUACACGCCACCGAUGCCCAUGGAGGAUAGCGACUCGGACAAAGCACCCCCAGCCCCCCGAUCUACCGCCAACCCUCCUCCCGUUCACAGCUCAUUCGACGAGGAUGAUGAUGACGAUGACAGCUACAGCUUCUCAGUUGGGGGGACCAGGCGCCCCCCUCGUACCCCUCCCACCCCACCCCCACCGCGCUCCAACGCGCGAUCACCUGGCAAAGCAGCCAAGGCGAAAAGGGGGGGAGGACCCAAGGUGCAUGCCACCGCCAAGGUUGUUGCUGAGAAGGUGGUGAAAGAUAAAGGGAAGAAGAGUAAGGUAGUGGAGAAGGAGGAGGUGGUAAAGAAGAAGAGGGGGAGACCUACGAAGGUGAAGCCACCCCAGACACCGUCAGAGUCUGAAGAGGAGGAGGUGGUGACCUCCCCUCCCAAGGUCAAGGCGAAGGAGAGAGUGAAGGCGCACCUCAGCUCAGGAUCAGAUGAUGAAUGGGGCAGGUCCAAGGUGCGCUCCCCCAGGAAACGAGGUCGCCUCACCGCCAACAAAACUCCCACCGAGUCACGGUCGUCGGACAGGUCAACGCCGAGGGACUCCUGGGAGGAGAAGCGUCCCUGCCGCCCUGCCAACCGCUCCCGGGUGCUGCCUGCCGCCUCCAGCAGCGAGGAUGACGACGAUGAUGAGGAUUACUGCUCGCUGCCCACCUCCUCGUCGCCCGUGAAGCCGGUCACCCGGGUGACGCCGGCCAUCGCUGUGAAACGGCCUCCCCGUGACGUCAGUCCCUACGACAGUGAUGGCAAGAAGGAAGAGAGUCCACCCAAACUGGACACUGAGGCUAACAACAAGAAGAAACGGGAUACGCUGAUGAGGCUGUUUUCCAGAAAUACUGCCGAAGGUGGUGGCAAGGGUGGGGGCAAAGGUGGUGGCAAAGGAGGUGGGAAGGGUGGGGGUAAAGGUGGGAAGUGUGGCGGGAAAGGAGGAUCGAAGACACCGGGAGUGACUAGUGAAUCUCCAGUUGUGGAUGAUGGUGAAAGGACAUCGACGACGCCAUUUAGUGGUAGUGCUGAAGAACCCCGCGUCCCCCCGAUCUCCCCCCACAGCCCGUCACCCCGUCUGGCCCCCCCAGCACCCCCUGCCAAGCCGUCUCCCUCCCGGGGUCGACCUCUCUCCAUCAUGUGUCGCCUGGACCUCUCCGCCCUGGGCGGUCUCUCUGCUCUCGAACGCAUCCUCAACAAGUGUUCCUCGGAAGACGUCCGCACCCGCACCGAGUUGGCAGACACCAGGCAAGAAGGGGGCGGCACCACUUCCAAGAAGGACAGGGGUCGGCCUCAGGAGGUCAAAUCAUCCGCUUCCUCCUCGUCUUCUUCGUCCUCGUUGAAGGACAAGGGACGCCGGAAGUCUCCGGUGCCCGUGGCGGCCGUAGCGCCCCUACCCAACAAGCAGCACAAGGCGCCCUAUGACGUCAUGCGACUGAUGGCGCCUGUCACACCCCAACCAAAACCUGAACUUGAUGUUACCACUACAAGUGUUCCAAAGAGAGAACGAAGAGGAAGCACCAGCUCCAAUAGUUCUCCAGAGAGAAUAAAGAAGCCUAUGAAACGAAGAAGAGGAGAGAAUAGGCAUAAUAGAGGAGGAGAUCUGUCAAAUGUUUCUCAAACGAAUCAUGAGCGGGAGACUCAGCAGCGGGCACCCCCUCCUCCACAAUAUGGAUUCUCCUACUACCCCUCGCAGAAUGAUAUCUGCGAUCAGGAUAGCAAAAGCAACUACCUGAACCAAGCGAAACGACUGAAGCAUUUGGCUGACAACGAGCGGGAUGAGUUCUCUCAGGGCCUCAAGUACCUGGAGGCGGUGCUCUACUUCCUGCUCACUGGCAAGUCGCUCGAACAGGAACCAGAGACCCAGAGGGCCGCCUUCCACAUGUACAAGGAAACGCAGGAGAUUGUCAGAUACAUAUCAUCAAAGUUUGUACCAAUGAGGACUCAAGUAAUCAACUUCAACUCGCAAACUGAUCUGCACAUAAAACUCGCAAUUCUUAGUCUGAGGUGUCAGUCCCUGCUCUAUUUGAAACUUCACACCAUGAAGCAGUUGGAGGCCAAGAUUGCACAGCGGACUAUCGACGAAUACCUCAAGGCUAACCCCACCUCACGAUUGGAGGGGGCAGGGGGAGGACAAGCUACGCCCUCGCAGCCGAUGUCGCCGACCCCCUCUCCGGCCGGCAGUGUCGGAUCGCAGUCGUCCGGAUACAGUAGCGGGAACGGUGCGGGACAGCAACCCCCGCAUCCAAUUAUGACCUCUAUUCCGGUCACCGUUCACUCGGCCAUGAGCGACCUCUACUUCAACUAUGUCUGGCUCUCUUCCGCCUUCGACCUCAGGGAUCAGGCAAACCAGCUCAUCGCUAAAGGAAAUCAUCUAGAGUUCUUCACCGACCUAGACAAAUCAUGCGGCACCCUGAUGCUGGAAACAAACAUCAACCAACUGGUCGCCUACGUUCACGAGGGCAUCAAGAGGCUGAAAGCGAAAGCCAAUCAAAGGCUAUGAGUACUACCCAACCCGGUUUUCAUCACCUAGCCGGGUGCCCCUACUUCCCUCUCCCCCACCAUCUCUCCCUUCACCUCCCCUCCCCCCAACCACACACUUACAUCCCUCUUUUAUUUUCUCACUUUGUCCGAAAAGCAAACGUAGAAUACUAGAGUGUUUCAAUAGGAAACCUGGGACAAUUCCCAGUUUUCGAAACAGUUUUAUAUAAUGAACGUACACGUUCAUGAAUCAGGCCUUUAAAAGUACUCAACAACGAGUAUGAACACUAAUUGUAAACUGAUUACUGAAGAGUAAUCGCAAUUAUUGUAAACUGAUUACUGAAGAGUUAUUUAAUUGCAAUUAUUGUAAACUGAUUACUGAAGAGUAAUCGCAAUAUUAUUGUAAACUGAUUACUGAAGAGUUAUUUAAUUGCAAUUAUUGUAAACUGAUUACUGAAGAGUAAUCGCAAUUAUUGUAAACUGAUUACUGAAGAGUAAUCACAAUCAUUGUAAACUGAUUACUGUAAUCAAAAUUAUCGUAAACUGAUUGGAAUUGUACACAAAGAAAAAUUAUUGUAAUUCAACAGAAUAUACCAUUAACAGAUUUAUGUUACCAUAAAACAUUCUCAGAUUUCUUUCAAGAUUCCUGAUAGUUUUGGUUAGGUUAGGUGCUGAAUUUAACAGGUUCAAUUGCAAUAUUUCCAGUUGUGCUUUUUAUUGAGAAAUAAUGAUUCAAUACUCUGAAGGCUGAUAAUUGAUUUUGAAAUACAGUUAUAUCAUCAAUUGCAAAAUAUAUCUGGUCGAAAUAAUCGCAUUGAAUACUCUGAUAAUUAAACGAUAAUUAAAUCAAAUAUUCUGAAGCUUGAUAAUUAACAUUAAUUACCGGUAAUUCAUAGUUUAUUAUCAAAAAUACUCUGAUAUUGAUGCCAACUGAUAUCAAGUACAGAUAUUGAAAUUUGAAAGUAUACAGUUCUAUAAAACACAACUUUUCUGUACCUAUAUUAAAUCCUGCUUUACGUUCAUCAGUAUUAAGAUUCUUUAAAUCGCCAAUAUUACCGAAGGGCAUCACGUUUUAUAUUGUAUUCAUUUAAUGAUUACUGUUUCAACCUUAACUAUUUUAACAAAUUAGCUUUAAAAUUUUACAAUAAUUGAAAACACUAUCAUUUUAACUCCCGAAAGUAUCUGAUUCAAUGAAAACUUUUUAUAUAAAUGCAAUGAAAAUGGAUAUUAAAAAAGUUUGAUAUAAAUGUAAUGAAAAUGCAAAUGAAUAUUGAAAAAGUUUGAUAUAAAUGCAAUGAAUAUUUUUAAUAUGUGAAACACUCUUCUAUUUGUCUUAUCGUUUGUUGCUUUCCAAAUUUACUCUCCUGAAAAUAGGUGAUUAUUUAGUUCUAUUUAAAUUAAUUUUGUUUUUAUUGUCAGUUUCUGUUGAGUUUCUAAUUUUGUAAUGAUAGUUGUUGAAAACUUUUUGUAAAUUAUUGUCACUGUUACUUUCUAAUGCAACGAACAAAAUUAGUCUUCCUUUUUGUCUCGGGAAACCUUUUUAUAUUGAUUUGAUUGAUAAUUGUUGUAUAUUUUUGUAGCGAUUCAAAAAUGUAAGAGUUUGCUCGAGUUUGAUUGGCUGGAAUGAGUUUUAUGCACAGUUUUUAAUUUUGGUAAAGUGCUUUGAAUCAUACAAAAAAUGAAAAAAAUUGGUUGCUAAUAAAUUAGAAAAUUCAAUUACCAUGCGAGGUCUACUACAUUUUAUACAAAAUUAAACUUUGGGAAGUGACCUAGUUCAAUGUCUUUUAGUUUCCAAGAAUUAUUUUAACAUUAUUUUACAAGUUUUUAAUAAUAAUAACAAUGUAUUAUUCAUUGAAAUUUUAUUCUUUAACUGAAUCUAAAAUUCUUGGUUGAUUUACCUCUCAACUAUUUUACAAUUUUACUAUAUCGAACAUUUUUUAAUUUCUAUGAUAUUUUCAAUCAUGAAAUUUUAUGUUUCCAUAAAAUAAUACAUCACAUUCAUUAUCAAGUUAUGGUCUACUAUAAUCAUUAAAAAGUAAAUUCUUCCACGAAUUCAAGAAAGAAAAAAAUCUUUUCAAGAGUCAAUUAUUGUGAAUGCUUUUAUGUUAAACUAACACCAAUAUAAUAUUAUUAUAGGGCAUAUCAAUAUUUUCAAAGUAGAUUCUAUACUUUUACAAGUUUCACUGAGAUUAUAGUUUGAAAAAAAACAACUCCAAAUUCGAAUACUCAAGUUUUACAACUCCAAAAUAUCAGCCUAUGUGAAAAUUUCAAAGGUUUAAACAAAUUGGUCAUAAGGUUUCAGUUCCAAAAAUAACCAUUGUAACUUUGUAGGAAUACUUGUAACACCAAUACAAUGUUUAUUUGAUGCUAAAUCUAGGUACCGUAAUCUGAGUUUUUCUCAGGACUUGAAUAUAUUUAUGUGUACAAGUUAUUUCAAAAUUUAACUGUAUCUUUGGUUAAAUCCGUAGUUGUAUGUUGAGAUACGGAUAUAUUUGAAAAUAGUAAAAUUUUUUGUACAGAUUGUCACAUUCAGAGUUCUUAGUUGAUCUAGGAAAUUUGAAUGUCUUUUUCACCCGCUGGUCGGGGUUGCAUAGUACAACUUUUAUUGUGUGAAUCGAUGUCUUUUAGAGGUCUAUUGUUGUUACUAUUGUCCAGUGUGACAUGCAAUAAUGUUUGUCAGUUAUAUUUCAAAUUAUAUGCAGGUACCAAAAAUAAUGUAAAUUGUUACUCGUGUUGAUUUCAAAUUCAGAUAGAAAUAGUCAACUGAUUAUCAUAGAAUCUUAUCAAUUUUUCAGAAAUUAUACCAAUGUAAUAUUACUAUAAGAAGGGAGAAACAGGUUUUUUCCCCAAAAAAUUCCGAAAUUCAAAAUUUGUUCUUUACCUUCAAUACAAAAUGAUCAUCAUCAUAAAACUGUAUGAUGAAAAGAAUAUCAAAAAUUAAAUUUAAAUGAAUAUUCGAUCAAAACUGUGUAUUAUAUUUAUGAGAAGUAAUUGUCAAUUAUGCUCUAAUUGUCUCCAAUUCAUGGUCUAAUUGCGUUACAACCAGAUUGAAGCAAGUUUGUAACAGUUCAACAGAGUAAUUUGAAAUCUGAAAUUCUCAUUUGAAUCAGAAAUUCAAACAAUGAUAUCUUUUUACCUGUCUGGAUCAGGUCUGAUGAAAGAGGUUGAACCUCAUUAACCUUGGUCUCAUGACUUCCUCAAAAUUCAAAUUCAGCAAUAAUCAAUUGCCCUGAAUAUAAUUAGCUGUAUUGAGGCGUGUAAUAUGAUUUGUAGUUAUUCACUUGAUGAACUUGUUUGAACUUUUUAUAAGAAAAUCAUAUUCUAAAAGUUCGACUAGUAGGUAUUCUAUUAGGAUAAUAAAGCAAUAUUGAAGUGUCUUCGUGUGAACUAGUGUUUUUAGCUUACUUGAUUUCAACUUUAGUCUACCGUUGGAGUAGUUUUUAGUGAGAAAAAGGUAUCAAAAUGUUGCUUCCCGAUUGAUUUUAGAAAAAUCAAUCAAAUGAACUUAACUACAUCAUGUUUUGGAUGAAGUAUUGCGUUUACUUGCCGAAUAAAACUAUUAUCAAGGAUCUCACCACAGUAAAAGCAAUAAUAACAUCACUAAAUGAAAUGUGGUCAGACUGAUCCGAGUUUUCAAAAAUUAGAUUUUGUAAAAAUAUGUCCAACCUAUUUUCUAUCUGGAUUUGAAACUUGACAACUUGAAGAACCAAUAUUCGUUACCUGCUAUACUUUCAGAUAUAUAUUUGAGAGUGUAUCACUCUGGAUAGCAAUACUAUCCAUCUACAAAAAUCGUAUGCCUUAUUUUACAAAAUAAAUGUCACGAUUUGUUGAAAUUGCUGUUGAAAACUUUGUGUAAUAAAAUGUGUAUGUCCCAGUAAAUAAGAUUACAAAAAGUGCAUUGAUAGAUGGGUGACGUUUACAGUCGUCAACUUACAUCUAUUGUUCUAUGAAUGAAUUCAGGAAUUCAUUAAUAAAUUCAGGAAUUCAUUAAUAAAUUCAGAAAUUCAUUAAUAAAUUCAUCACCAAGUGCACUAAGGUUAUGCUUUGUUGAGCAAUUAUACCGUUGUAGCCUUCAAACGUUCAGUUCUCUAUGUCUGAAAUGGAUAAUGUAGAUUUCUGAAAAAAUCUAUGUUCAUAAGUACCUGCCUGUAUUGUAAUACAAGCUGUAUCAUGCUUUGAAACUGUGUGUUACUUGAUUACUCUGAAUACUGCUUGCCUUCAAUUAAAAAAAAUACAUUAAAAAAAAUUUGAUUAUGAACUGAGAAUCGCAAAAAAAUAAAGUAUGGGCAUUUAGAUUCAACUGUUACACAUUUUUCUCAUAAACUAUGAUCUGAUAGCCCAGCAAUUCCCUCUAUAGUCAUUACUGUAAAUCGUAUUCACACUAAAUUGCCUUAAAUUAGAUACACAGUUUUAGAUGCAUAAUAAUUGAAAUGUUAAUCAAGUCAAUUGUCGAUUCAUUACUGAGAUUCAAUAUUGAGGUUUUUUUAUGGUUUUGAGGAAUCCUAGAGCACUAGAAUCAAAUUUUACAGCUGUAUUUUGAACUUUAUUCCGACUUCCCCUUGGACGUUAUGUUGGCGAAUAACCCUGGUGGUUAGGAAACCACCUAAUCGUUCCAUUUAUCAUCCACCCAUUUCACACAUGUCCUACUCUCAUCACAAAAUAAGGAAGAAAUAGCGUUCCUUACUCCGUGGUAUCAUAAUUCACAAAAAAAUCUGAAAUAGUUUUAGAGUAAGCAGUUAUUCAGAUAUCAAGAAGUGCCUAUCUUGUACAAAAAUGGUUUCAAUCGGACUAUUAAAAAGUAUAAUGGUAUUAAAAAUUUGUUACUUUGUAGUCUAUAUACCGAAGUGCAAGUGAGUGUGUAUUUUAAACAUUUAUUAGACUGAUAAGGUUGCAAAAUUGACAGUGUUAUAAGUAAAAAAUUUAAUCAAUGUUUGAAAAAAAAAGAUAAAACUUAGACUUAUACUAUUGUAUAAUAUGUCAUUUACUCGCAUUACGUAUUGUAAGUUCAAUGAGUUUAACGUUUAUUCAUAAAGUUGAAUCACAAAAUUAUCUGCUAUUUGUAAAAUUAAAAUCAAAUAUCAGACGUCGAACAAAUAAUUAUGUUUCCUCUUUACCCAAUAUACUUGAAAUUUAUUCUUCCAGUCUGUGACCAAAGCAUACAGACAUUUUUUAUCUAUUUAUUUUAAAUUUAUCUUUUAUUUUAUUCUCCAAUAAUAAAUUGCGAUUGAAUUUAAUUGAUAUUUUCUAAAUUUCGAAUUAUGUACAAUUGAAAAAUUGUACAUAAAUGAGAGGGAGUUAAUUUUCUAUUUAAAAAAAUAUCGUAUCAAAAUUUGUUAGGUUUUCAAAAAUGUUAAAUAUAUUAUGCAUAUUUGUCAUGCAUGAAAAUAACAACGUUAAACUCAUUUAUAAUCAAUUUCCUAUCUUCACUUGUCUUAUCCUAAGAAAAUGUAGACCUACUUUAUAUUGAUUAGAACAUUUUUUUCACCAUUACUUAUAUGAUUUGAUUGAUGAACGUUGUGUAAUUUUUGUAUUGUAUAGAAAUUUUUUCUGUUAAAAUUAGUAAUUUUAUAGCGUUGUAGUUCUUGACUCUGGUCGGUUGUUUUUAUAUGAUAAAAAUCUAGUAGAUUAUUACUAGUACUAUUAAUACAUUUUGAAAGUGUUGGAUGAUAUAUUUAUGUAAUGUUAGCAUUAUGAAUAUAAUUUAUUAUUGAGAAAUAACUAAUUUUUUGUUUAGUUGAUAAUUAUUAUUAUUAUUUGCCGAUAUGAAUCGAAGGGAACAUUUUUUUAUCGUUGCUGGUACAUAAAAUAAAAAAAGUUGAUUAUUGUGUAGGCGGGGGGCAUGGAGAAGUAACUCACUCCAAAGCAUCUGAAAAAUAAUUAUAAUCCAGUGUAUUUCUGUGGAAGUUGAAAAGAACGCAUUUUGAUAUUGCCGUUAUUCCUGUUUUUUUUUCAUAAAUAAAAAAAAUCUUUGAUUCUAAUUUUUGUUCUGUAGUUACAGAGUGUGAGCUCUGCAAUUAUUCCACAAAAUAAUCGACAAGACAAAUCUAAAUGAAAGCUAUAUUAUAUACUUAUUUAUAGAUAAUUAUAUAUACUUAUCAAUAUUUGGGGUUUAUAUAACACAUAUAUGAAUGAAGAAAUACAUAUUUAGUGAUAGUGUAUAUUUUUGUAUAUAUAGUAAUGUUGUAAUGAUAAUAUAAUUAUUAAUAAUCAUAUAAACAAUUAUGCAUAAAUUGUAUGUCAUAGAGUUUCUUACAAUUUCUAGUUCCAACAAUGGUGAACAUGUUUGGUAGCUAAGUUUGAAUGUCUGAAAAGUUAGCAUGAUCUUUGAACGAUUGCAAGUUUCCAACUAAGUUAUACUUUAUCGGAUCUAUAUGGUUGUAUUCAUCAAAGUUUAUGUUCCUCUGAGAAAAUUGUCGAACUCUUACGCAAUUCCUUUAGUAAAAUUUGUGUAAAUUAUCAAUAUCUGUAAAAAAAUAUUUGUAAAUUAUUUGAAAAAUUCAUAUGCGAUACCAAAAAUGGUUAGGUUGAGGUCGAGAUCUCCUUUUUUACAUGUUUUCUUGAGGAUCAGUGUGACACUUCUAGGAAUUGUUUCCUUGUUUUCCAUGAUCCAAAAAUAACAUAUUUGAAAAAAGGAGAGAGCUAUCUCAUCCGAUAAUCCCAGAAACCACAAUUGAAUACAUUGGUAUACGCUGUACAAAUUAAAUCUAUUUAUAAAUUGAACAAUUAUGAGGUUGAGUUAUGUUCUUGUUCUACUCCUUAGCAAUUUUCUGUUAUCAACUUGUAAAUUAUUUAGAUAGGCCUGGCCAAAGUACUUAUAGUAAAUUUAUUGUUUUCCCUGAGGCUAUCUAACGAUACUUUCCUUGUAAAUUAAAUAUUAUUAUUAUUUAUUUGUUCACAUUAUUAGUUUUUUUAUUUGUUUGCGAAAACAUUCGAUAAUCUAUAAAUUUAUUUAGUCUUUCAAAUUUUAUCUUUGUCGUACGUUGAUCAUAAGCAAAACUUAAUACAUUCAAGCAUCGACAAAUCAGAGGAAUAUAGAAACUAAGGCGUAGAAAUGAUUUGAAUAUGAUAUAGAAAAUUGUAAAUUUUGGGAAUUUUUAUUGGUUGUACCUAAUGAUAUGUUAAAUUGUUUGUUUUUCUGUUUGUUUUUUCCUUCUGUGUACUUUUUUAAUUUAUCAGUAAUUUUCCAAUGAUUAGUUAUGGUUUGAUAUUUGAUAAAUAAUAUUUAAUUGAAAGGAUACCUAAACGGCAUUUCUCAUGUAAGACAUAAGAGACUUGAUAGAAUGAGUUUGUGGAUUAUUAAAGAAUAAUAUUUAUUCAAAAA